CACCGCGGGUUGGACGUUCGGCGUUCGUUUCCGGGUCGUGGCGCCGCUGCGCGGGGACUGCUGGGAGCCGAGAGCCGCUAUGGUCUGUGGAUGAGUGCUCCUGCCGCUGCCAGGGAGUCGGCCGGGGUUUGUUUACUAUUGUCGCCGUGACGUGCCCUCGGGGGCAGAAGACGGUGUCGGAGCCCGGAGCUGGAGCCUGAGCUGCCCGGUGUGGGCGCUGGGAAUAAAAGAUGACCACAGCAGCCAGGCCAACUUUUGAGCCUGCAAGAGGUGGACGGGGGAAAGGAGAAGGGGAUUUGAGCCAGCUCUCAAAGCAGUAUUCGAGCCGAGACCUUCCCUCCCACACAAAGAUAAAAUACAGACAAACUACUCAGGAUGCCCCUGAAGAGGUCCGGAACCGUGACUUCAGGAGAGAGCUGGAAGAGAGAGAGCGAGCUGCUGCACGGGAGAAAAAUAGGGAUCGCCCAACCCGAGAGCAUACAACUUCCUCUUCAGUGUCUAAGAAGCCCCGCUUGGACCAGAUUCCUGCUGCCAACCUUGAUGCUGAUGACCCUCUAACAGAUGAGGAAGAUGAAGACUUUGAAGAGGAGAGUGAUGACGACGACACUGCAGCUCUUCUUGCAGAGCUGGAGAAGAUUAAAAAAGAGAGAGCUGAAGAGCAGGCCAGGAAGGAGCAGGAACAAAAAGCAGAGGAAGAAAGGAUCCGAAUGGAAAAUAUUCUGAGUGGAAACCCUCUCCUUAACCUCACCGGCCCAUCCCAGCCUCAGGCCAACUUCAAGGUUAAAAGAAGGUGGGACGAUGACGUUGUUUUUAAGAACUGUGCAAAAGGUGUGGAUGAUCAGAAGAAAGACAAAAGAUUUGUGAACGACACACUGCGGUCUGAAUUCCACAAAAAGUUCAUGGAGAAAUACAUUAAGUAGUACAGUUUUAUGUGCUUAAUCAAAGACUGGAAUGUCAAGCGUCAGUUUGACUCUGUUUUUGUUCUUUUCACCGUAUAAAGGACAUUUUAACUUCCCUUUGUGAUGCCUUAUUUGGUAACACACUUGGGAAUGGGUUUGACCCAGUUUCCAUCUGUUUCCAUCAUGUCUCUUUAGUAUGGGGAAAGGGAAUCUGCUUACAAUAAAUAUUUUUAGCCUAAACAAACUGAUGUCCCCAACAUUUUGUUGUAAUUUGCAUAGCUUAAAAACGUUGCAUAAUUUCCUUUCAAAAUGAAAAUUACCUUUGUGUGUUCUGUUUUGUUAAUACAUUAAAUUUUCCUCUUUUGUCAUUUUAA